ACUCCACCUCCACCUGUCCCGUGCGCGCGGAGAGGCGCAUCUGUCCUCCCCCUGCUGACGUCAGAGCCGCCGGUGGCGCGUCCUCGCCGCCCGAGCUCCCGGACUGCAGCAGAUCGUCUGCUAGCAGCAGCAGCAGCAGCAGGAGUAGGAGGAGGAGGAGCAGCCAAAGUUUGACUUUCCCGGAGCAGGAAAAAAGAAAAAAGUCCUGUGCGCUCCCGAACGGAGAGAAAGACCGGAGCAACUCGAGGAGCGUUGAGACGCGCGGAAUACCGUCGGCAUGGACUGACAGCCCCCUUCUCUCCGGGAGCUUUAAGAAAGAGAUAAAAAAAAACCACCUCGAUGGCACUCCGUUUCCUGCGGUGGAUCAGUCUCACCUCUGUGCUCUGCCUGGGCUGCAGCGUUCUGGCGGAAAAGAAAGUAUGCCAAGGCAUCACCAACCGUCUAAACCUCCUGGGAUCCAAAGAAGAGCACUACCUCAACAUGGUGAAGACCUACAGCAACUGCACCGUGGUGCUGGAGAAUCUGGAAGUCACCUACAUGGAGGAGCACCACGACCUGUCCUUCCUCCGGUCAAUUGAAGAAGUGGGCGGCUACGUCUUGAUCGCCCUCAACACAGCCUCCAGGAUUCCACUGGAGAACCUGCGCAUCAUUCGAGGUCAUACCCUCUAUGAGGGAAAGUUCGCCCUGUCUGUUCUUGCCAAUUAUGACAAAGAGACAGGUCAGGGCACCAAAGAGCUUCUUCUGACCAGCCUGACGGAAAUUCUCAAAGGAGGCGUAAAGUUCGGGACCCACCAGCCGUGCAACGUGGACACAAUACAGUGGUAUGAUAUCGUCAACGCCGACGGCAAACUCAGCAUGGAUCUCCCAGUGACCAGCAACAAUCCACUUUGUAAACCAUGUGACUCAAGCUGCUUCAAUGGUUCAUGCUGGGCACCUGGUCCUCAAAAUUGUCAGACAUUCACAAAGCUGAACUGUGCACAGCAGUGCUCCAAGAGAUGCAAAGGACCUUCACCCAGCGACUGUUGUAAUGAGCAUUGCGCCGCUGGCUGCACUGGACCGAGGCCCACCGACUGUCUGGCCUGUCGGGACUUCCAUGACGACGGGGUGUGUAAGUACUCCUGCCCGGGCCUCAUGCGCUACGACCCCAUCCUGCACCAGCUGGUACCCAACCCACAUGGAAAGUACAACUUCGGGGCCGCGUGUGUCAAGAGCUGCCCACAUAACUAUGUUGUGACUGACCAUGGAGCCUGCGUGCGGACGUGCAGUGGUAACACAUAUGAGGUGGACGAGGGAGGAAUCAGGAAGUGUGCCAAGUGUGAUGGGCUGUGUCCAAAAGUGUGCAAUGGACUUGGAGCAGGAGACCUGACUCACACUCUGUCUAUCAAUGCCACCAACAUUGACUCCUUUAAAAACUGCACGAAAAUCAAUGGGUACAUUGCGAUCAUCCACACAUCGAUUCACGGGGAUUCAUUUACCAAAACACCAAAGAUGGAUCCUGCCCAGCUUGAUGUGUUUAAGACGGUUAAAGAAAUUACUGGAUACUUGUGGAUUCAAACGUGGCCAGAGAGCAUGAGCUCACUCAGUCCUUUUGAGAAUCUGGAGAUCAUUCGAGGACGAACUAAACGAGGCGUCCGCAGCGUGGUUAUUGUUCAGCUCGGUAUCAGCUACCUGGGCCUUCGCUCCCUCAAAGAAAUCAGCGAUGGAGACGUGGCUAUCCUUAAGAACCAGAACCUGUGCUACACCGAUAAAAGCCACUGGGAGAGGCUCUUCAAAUCUGAAAGGCAAAGUGCCAGCGUAGGGGGAAUUUCUGACGCCGCCACGUGUGCCCUGAUGAACAACACUUGUGACAGGAAGUGCACCACAGACGGCUGCUGGGGUCCAGGCCCUGACAUGUGCUUCGCCUGCCGCGACUUCAGCCGUGACGGGAGCUGUGUCGACUCCUGCAACGUCCUUGAGGGAGAGCGGCGGGAGGCAGUCGUGAAUAAAACCUGCAAGGAGUGUCACCCCGAGUGUCGACGUGUGAAUGGGACCGCAACCUGCAGUGCACCUGGUUCUGGAAACUGCACUAAGUGUGCCAACUUCCAAGAUGGCCUGUUCUGUGUGUCCCGCUGUCCGCAAGGUGUGCCAGGGGAGGACGACGCGCUGGUGUGGAAAUACGCAGACGAGAUGAAAGUGUGCCAGCUCUGCCACAAAAACUGCACUCAGGGGUGCACCGGACCUGGUCUUGAAGGCUGCCGCAUUAAAAGCGAUCCCGGGCUUUCCAUGAUUGCAGCUGGUGUGGUUGGUGGGCUGCUGGCUGUUCUUAUCGCCGGCCUGUCCGUCUUUGUGUUGCUGCGCCGACGCCACAUCAAGAGGAAGAGGACCACGCGCAGACUUCUCCAGGAGAGAGAGUUGGUCGAGCCUCUGACUCCAAGUGGAGAGGCACCAAACCAGGCUCUGCUGCGGAUCCUGAAAGAGCCUGAAUUCAAGAAAAUCAAAGUGCUGGGAUCAGGGGCUUUUGGUACGGUUUAUAAGGGCCUGUGGGUUCCGGAGGGAGAGGACGUGAAGAUUCCAGUGGCCAUCAAGGUUUUGAGAGAGGCCACAUCACCAAAGGCAAACAAAGAGAUCUUGGACGAGGCUUAUGUGAUGGCCACUGUGGAACACCCCCAUGUGUGUCGCCUGCUUGGCAUCUGCCUGACGUCCACGGUGCAGCUCGUCACCCAGCUGAUGCCCUUCGGCUGCCUGCUGGACUACGUCAAAGAGAACAAGGACAAUAUCGGCUCCCAGCACCUGCUCAACUGGUGUGUGCAGAUAGCCAAGGGAAUGAACUACCUGGAGGAGCGCCACUUGGUACACCGUGACUUGGCGGCCAGAAAUGUCCUGGUGAAGACUCCUCAACAUGUCAAGAUCACUGACUUUGGUCUGGCUAAACUCCUCAAUGCCGACGAGAAAGAGUACCAUGCAGAUGGUGGAAAGGUACCGAUAAAAUGGAUGGCUCUUGAAUCUAUCCUAAACAGGACCUACACACACCAGAGUGAUGUAUGGAGCUAUGGUGUGACAGUUUGGGAGCUCAUGACGUUCGGCACCAAACCGUAUGAUGGGAUUCCAGCCAGCGAAAUAGCCGGGGUCCUGGAGAAAGGGGAGCGACUGCCGCAACCGCCGAUCUGUACCAUAGAUGUCUACAUGAUCAUGGUGAAAUGUUGGAUGAUUGAUGCAGACAGCCGGCCUCGUUUCCGGGAACUAAUAGCCGAGUUUACAAAGAUGGCUCGGGACCCCUCCCGUUAUCUUGUCAUUCAGGGGGAUGACUGCAUGCACCUGCCGAGUCCCACAGACAAUAGGUUGUACCGCAGCCUGAUCAGCGGCGAGGACAUGGAGAACGCUGUGGAUGCAGACGAGUACCUGGUGCCACAACAUGGCUUCUUCAGCAGUCCGAAAACCUCCCACACCCCGCUGCUCCACUCCAUGAGUCUCACCAGCAGCAUUGGAACGUGCCACAGUAGAAAUGGCAUACUGAAUGGGUUCCCGAGCAGAGACGGGAGUUUGGUUCUCCGGUACAUUCCUGAUCCCACAGACAAACUUUUAGACAACGCCUUCCAGCCAGCCCCAGACUACAUGAACCAGAACGGAGUUUCAGAUGUGAUGAAUCCCAUCUACCAGCAACCGGGUCCACCUCGCACGCUCCUUCCCACCAUCUCUUCGGACGACACAGAGACGGAGUACCUGAACUGCUUCAAGAACGGGACCAACGGCCCCGAAUACCUAAACGCUGUCCCGUCCCUCACCAUCCUCCCACGCACCUCCAACGGCACGGUCCCCAUUCAGAAAUACCAGCCCCAAAACAGCAUAGACAAUCCCGAUUACCAACAGGAUUUCAGUCCCACCGUCAAGACCCACGCCAACGGACACAUCCCGGCGGCGGAAAACGCAGAGUACCUGGGCCCAGACUGAGGACUUCAUGGAUACAGUCAAGACAUUUUUCCUUUGUUUCCUGAGCAUUGAUGUCUCUCCUGGAAAAGCAUACCCAAAGUGGUACCAUCAAUUAUCAUAUAUGUUGCAACCUGUCUUAUGAAGUCAGGUGACACUGUGCAGCUUUCCAUGUUGUGUGCAUGCUGUCAUAAUUGUAAUGUAGAACCCGUCUCAUUCCAAGGAGUUUUUUUUUUCUUCUUCUUCCAAAUCAAACAAUUAAUGACGUUUUCUUGAUGAAAGCUGGAAGGAAAGUCGAUUCAUACGCGACUCAGUUGACCUGAGAGUUUAUGGACCAGAAAGACUCCGUCCUAAUGUUGCAACUCAGAGCGUCAGAAAGUGAAAAUCUCCUCUGCAUAUCUCAGAAGUGAAAAAUCGCCCACAUGCUGCAUGUGAUCCGAAUGUGUGGAUUGGAGGAAUUCUAUUCAAAAGGAUCUAAGGGAGGCAGAAUUUGUCGCAGUAGGACAGAAACUGGCAGCUCAACCAAAAACACACCACAAGGUACACGUGUUGUAGAAUGACAAAGUGAAGAGACACAAUCGGCAAAGGGUAUUGAUCCGUUUCAAUGGAAAGGCUUGACAGCACACAGUGGUGCACUCACUCGACGCUGAUGUGACGCCUCAGAAACAUUUAUCUCUGAAGUCAGGCUGAUGAUUAAAGGGAGUCAAACGCUGGCUUGACUGUCGGGGCCCUCAGAGGCCUGACGACGCUCCUCCUGAAGGCGCGGACGAGGCAAAGAGGAAGCAAGAUGUCACAAUGUGUAGAGAUUGUAGUUUAAAGGGGAAUACUGGUGAAUUUUAUCAUUCGAACGUGUUACCUUUCUGCUCUAAGACAGUUCUGUGUGUGUGUGUGAGCACGUGUGUUUGUGAGUGGGUGACGUGACAAACUUCCCCUGUUAGAGAGCAGAGAUUCCUGUGUGCCAUGUGUAACACCACAGCAACUAUGCAGAGAAUGCGAUUGGUAAAUAUGGCGAAUGUGAUUGUGGUCAAUUUCACGCUGCUCCAUCCUGUAGCUGAAAACGAGUGAAACAUAUGUUUGCGUAGACCCACAAAGUCGUGCUGAACUCUGUCCUUUGUAUCAGUAUGGAAUAUUAGUCUGCUUGCACAGGAAGCUCUUUUCCAGGCCUGUUACUGAUUAUUUCCUACCAAUAUUAUAUUUUCAACACUCCUGACUAUACUACUAUGAACUAUGAAGACUCUGCUGCGCAGCGCAUUGACAUCGACGGCCAUAAACUCGAAGGAGAAAAGCUUAAAGGAAAAGAGUUGCUCCAGAUGUGAGACAUGCGAAUUUGCGUGUGUUUAAAAUGCUGGUUGAACUGUCUUAGGUCAUGUGAGCGACUUGUUUGAAUUUUGAAAUACAAGAGGUAUUUCCUUGUAAACAUGAGAUGUAUUUUAGAGACUGUAUGAAUCGCUCUGUGUCACAUUAGAAACUAAGAAUGUUUCUGAUGUUUGUGGUGUAAUGUAUCUGGGCUGUAUUAUUUCCCUGGAGACUUUUCCUUUCCUGUAUUUUUUUAAGUGUAGACAGUUGUUUCACACAGGGUGUUGAGAGUGUCUACAUGAACCUGCUCCCAGUUUUUAAGUCUUGUAGUCUUGCAAGAGCAUUAACUUUGUAAAUAUUAUUCCUGGUUUUAAAGGAAUAUACUAUUGUAGCAACCUGUAAACCUACUUUUGCAGAUUUUACACAGGUACACGUACAGAAAACGGUGGAUGUUGCUGUAUUAUACCCCCCCGCCCCCAAAAAAGACACCUAUAAUUUAUACUUUCAGUACACCAUUUUGUCACAAUCGUAAGUGAAUAUGCAUUCCUGAACUGUAAUUAUUUAGUUCAAAAGUGAAUAUGAAUAAAUCUUUUUUUUUUUUAAUGGAAAUUCAUCUUCCUCGAUUUUUUUCCCAAGCCUUCCAGUAACAAUUUGAUGCAUAAGCAGAUCGUGGGCUGAAAGAGUAGUGCAUCCUCUCUGAUGCGCCAGUGAGUGUCCUCAGUAUUUGUCCUCCACGAUGUGACUUGAAACUACAGAUGACGAGCAGAUAAAAGUGGCCUGAUUGAGCAUUAGAGACCAAAAUCCUCCCAUUCUUCAACAGUUUCAUGAGAUAAUGUUGUCACUUUUAUGUGCACAGGGUAAAUAGGUGACAGCUAAUUAAAAUUGAUCAAAGUUAACCUUAAUUGUUGUUUAUGCUUAUUGUACUGAUUAACUGCUGAUCCAUUGUGAAUUGGUGAUGUUAGCCUGAAGGGAAGAGAUGUUACAUCUUGAACACUGAUAAUUACUUAUCAAUUAUAGAGGAACUACAAACACAUAGAACCACCACUUUUAAUCUUUAGAGCAGACACCUUAAAUUCGCAAUGAGUCUUUAUUUUUUUUAUUUUUUUUAUGGCUUCACUCAUAGUAACAAAACAUAUGAUAUUCUACUAUGAGGUUACAUAUGUGCAGGAUUGGUUUUGGGAUUAAAAGGUAUAAGAUUAAGGUAAAAAUCUUUUUGAGUUCAGAUUUCUUUUUUAAAUAUGUAUCAUUUUAAAUCAUAUUUUUUUCAUAUCAUAAAUAUAAUUUUUUGUGACAAUUCAUCAAUAAAAGGUGGGAAAAAUCCAAA